GAUUUAGAGCGCGCGCGUUCACGUCCCACGCUCUGGAGCAGCGCGACCAGCUUUCCACAGACACCCGCGUGGACCUUGUUUUGAAUGUGGCGGGAUUGUCCCCGCGUGGUUGUUGCCGAGAGCGACCGAGUGAGCGCGUCACUUUGGUGUACUUCCCCCCCGCGCGUGGACGCUUGGGUUGCAUUCGCGUGGAGAAGAAACGACGCCAGCACACAUGGCUGCGCUCACCAUACAAAGGACUGACAACUUUUUGCACACCUUUUUACAGGACCGCACGCCCAGCUCCUCUCCGGAGGGACCCCCCAACGCCCUAUCCUUCCUGGCCACCACCUGUAGCCAAGCCUGGCAGGUGGGCAGCACCACGGCCUCCGAGGGCUCCCAGUUCCCCUACGAGGGCACCGUCAGCUCCGCAUCUGGGAUGUUCCAGCUCUGGAGCAACGACAUGGCGCCCAGCACGGCUCUCAGCACACACCAAAUGACCUUCACCGUGCCCAAGGUGCAGUUUCCUGGACACGUGCAGUCUGGCCUGGGGCACCACCACCAUCAUCACCCCCACCACCAUCAUCAUCAUCACCACCACCACGAGCUUCCUCUCACCCCUCCCGCUGAGCCCGUGUCGUCGUACUCCUUCGAACUCUCCCCUGUAAAAGUGCUGUCCUCGCAGCCGCAGGCCAACGGGUCCUACUACCCACAACACAGCAGUGUGGGACAAAACUUCCCCAGCUUCCUCCAGAACUCUUCAGCAAGGCAUCACCUGCCUGGAGGCCACGGGGAGGAAGGGCAGCAGUGGUGGAGCCUUCCCCAAACCAACGCAACACCCUCCAACCAUCCCUUCGCCCUGGGCAGACAGCUGGUUUUGGGCCACCAGCCGCAGAUAGCCGCUCUCCUCCAGGGGACCUCCAAGGGCCUGUUGAGCUCCACGCGCCGCUGCAGGCGCUGCAAGUGCCCCAACUGCCAAGCCAGCGGCGGAGGAUUGGAGUUUGGCAAAAAGAGACUGCACAUCUGCCACAUCCCGGAGUGUGGCAAAGUGUACAAGAAGACCUCGCACCUGAAGGCCCACCUGCGCUGGCACGCCGGCGAGAGGCCCUUCAUCUGUAACUGGCUCUUUUGCGGCAAAAGCUUCACGCGGUCGGAUGAGCUGCAGAGGCACCUGCGCACACACACCGGGGAGAAACGGUUCGGGUGCCAGCAGUGCGGCAAGAGAUUCAUGAGGAGUGACCACCUCUCCAAACACGUCAAGACCCACCAGACCAGGAAGAGCAGGUCUGGGCAGCCGUCACAGGGCUCAGACACUCUGCUCACCAGCAUCAAGAGAGAGUAACGUCUGCCAUCCAGUUUACCGAAAUUCCAAAUCGAAAGGGUGUUAUUCUGACUUAACGCCAUAGGUUUGCACUCUGGGGCAAGUACGUCGUGUUUUGUCAAGGCAGGCGAGCAAAGACUAUUUUAGAGGUCAUAAAGAAUAGAGAAAAAAGGAUGAUCCGUUUGUUCUGAAUUGGAUUUGAUAUGAAAAUGGAAAAAACAAUGGGUUCUUUUAAUAUGUUUGUUAUAUAUUAUAAUGAGCAGGAUUAAAGGUAAGCCAUAGAGGAAAGCCCAGGAUGAAUUGAUAAGAAUUCCAAGAUGUUGAUUAGAAUAAUUAGAUAUUUUAAUUGUAGCCCUGAUUUUUCUGCUUCACGUUUCACUUUUUUUAAAAACACAAUCUUUAAUUUUUGGGGAUUCAGAAAUUGUAUGUGGAACAUUCCAGUUUCGCUGUAAAUUAUGUAUAAAUGUGAAUUAUGUUAUCGACUUAAUGGCUGCAUGUAAAUUUUAAUAAACAAUCUCCGUGUUGAAA